AUGGCCGACCAGGUGUCGUACGAAAAUCGAAGCGGGAGAGUUUCUGCGGAUCCGGUGGAUCAUCACGAGUUGAAUAACCCCACUGAUCCUCUUGAGAGCGCCGCCUCGACCUUGACCUCCAACACACAGCCGGGCAGGCAGGGCGUUAAGGUCCGCCGUCUGGAAAUCGGCACGGACGUCGAUGACAUAUACUGCAUAUUUUGUCUCGCCGAGAAUGGGAAUCCUACCGACGAAAACGUAAUUCUGCAGUGUCGACGCGGCCAAGCAUUGUCACACUUGGGUUGUAUGGAGGAGUGGUUGAAGCAAUGCAGACCUAAGAUGCACAAGUCAUGCUGCGCCUGCCGAAGUGAAGAGCCUCAAGACGCCCUGUUACGCGGGUGGCCAUCGCAGAUUCGAAUGAGCAUUAAUGCAGCCAGAAGCUGGAGUGUCACCGAAGUUGCCCCAUGCGAUAUUCCGUCAGCGGAUUCCUACCCCUCUGUAUAUAGAUUCACCCCGGUGCACAUUUUGCAGGCGGGUGCGGUGCAACAAGAGAGACCUCAGGCAUUGCCCCGCAGAUCUGCUAGACUGGUCAGAGAGGGAUGCCCAUCUACGCCACUCCGCCGAUCACCUAGAUUUCGAAUCUUCGAAAAUCAAAUGGGUGGCUUUGAAUGGGAGGGGAUUUGA